AUCUCCGUGUGAUGACAUUUCGAUGUAUGACGUCGGUUUAUCUCAUCACGUGACAGUACCACAUGACAUGGAGUGACCAGCCAUUGAUCAGCUGACCACAACAACUUGACCACCAACAGGACAUUGGCCGGAGAUAGCUAAUUAAUUAAAGGCGUGACGCAACUUUCUUAUCAGCCUUGAUAUCAGCGCCAGGAGAUGCGCUGCUGACGCGAAUGACUUGAGUCAGUGUAAAAGUUGAAUUCUCUGAGUUAAACUGUUAGAGGCGUCAUGGAGAUCGCGUCGCAGAUAGCGGAAGAAGAGUCUCUGACUCACCCGGAUGUACCACAUGAGGCCAUAAGUGUGACUCCUCAAGUUCCCCUAACACAGAAUAUAGAAGAACAAACUGCCCAGUCCACCUCUAAGACUCAAACAGUUGCUCGUGGAAUGAAUGACUGGAGGCCUUUCAUUUAUGGCGGCCUGGCUUCCAUAACAGCAGAGUGUGGAACUUUCCCCAUAGACACAACAAAAACACGUCUACAAGUACAAGGUCAAGUCUUGGAUGCAUCACUUCGUGACAUUAAAUAUCGUGGCAUGUUCCAUGCUUUUGCUCGCAUUUUCAAAGAGGAAGGAAUACAUGCUUUAUACUCUGGGCUGGCACCUGCCUUGUUGAGACAAGCAACAUACGGCACCAUAAAGAUUGGAGUUUAUCAUUCACUGAAGAAAAUGAUUGUGACUGAUCCUGCUGAUGAAACACUGGCUGUGAAUGUUUUGUGUGGUGUUAUAGCUGGCAGUGUCUCAAGUUCUAUAGCAAACCCUACAGAUGUAUUGAAGGUUCGAAUGCAAGCUAAGGGAUCUAAUUCAACUGGUUAUGAUAACAUUGUGUGUUCAUUUAUUAAUAUAUACAAACAAGAAGGCUUAGCAGGAUUAUGGCGGGGUGUUGGUCCAACAGCACAGAGAGCUGCCAUUGUUGCUGGGGUUGAGCUGCCCGUUUACGAUGUGGUCAAGAAGCACAUCAUUCUCUCUGGGUACUUUGGUGACACAAAGGAGACACAUUUCAUUGCAAGCUUUUCUGCUGGUUUUGCUGGAGCUUUAGCUUCAAACCCUAUUGAUGUAUGCAAGACUCGCAUGAUGAACCAAAAAGUGAACAUAGUGACCACAGCACCAGCUGGGGCUGUCUCCACAUCACUUCCUCCAGCUAUUUACACCUCAACUAUGGACUGUCUUGUUCGGACUGUCAAAACUGAGGGGAUUACAGCACUGUAUAAAGGUUUCAUUCCAAACUGGCUGAGAUUAGGACCUUGGAACAUUAUAUUCUUCAUGACCUACGAACAGCUGAAACACCUCUACUGAGGAAAUAGGAUGGUGUGAGAAGUCUCGUUUGUGAUCUGGCAGUCUCUGAAUCUAACGCAGGAUCACCAUGAUGAAUGAUUUAUUGUGAUGUCACCAUUAUGUUGUCACCAUCAAUGUGAUGGUUGAUGUCACAGUGUCACCAUCUUCAUGGUUUAAGUAUUAAGAACAGAACUUGAAUCUUUUGACUGUAAGUUUAAGAAAUGGCUGGAGAAAGAAAUGGCUGAAGCUAACAAGAAAGCUAGAGAUGACAAGUUUCGAAUCUGAGACUAGGUAUGGAGGUAAUUAUGAUGGAUGCAUAAUAGAUGAUUUAGCUGGGUCUUACAUCUUGGUUGUGUCAGAGCAUAGUAAAAAUGUGGGGAAAAAGAACAGAGACUAACGCUGCCCUGUGAAAUAGAUUAUGUUGACACUAAGUUUGGAUGAGCAAAGAAUAAGUUUUGUUUUUGUCUUUCAUGCAAUGUACUUUAUUCUAUUUUACACACAUUCUUUUAGAAAUGUCGUCAAGAAAAUAUUGUAUUUUUAAAAAAUGUGAUUGACUACCCCAACAAGAGUUAAGAUGAUGUGUUUAAAACAUUGUACGAUUGAAUGGCUGACUUGUUAUAAGAUGUG